GAACCAGAGAGAGAGAGAGAAAAGAGAGAGGAGAGACAGAGCGCUUGGGGGCGAAAGGAGAGAGGGAGGGAAGGGUGGGUAAGGAGGAGAGAGCGGUCUGCUGCAAACCCCAGGAGGAGAGCUUGGAGCCCAAGCCAGAACUCCAGCCCUAGCCGAAGCCGUUCACAGGGAGGCGGCUGCCGGGACCGUCAGCCCUGCAUGAUGCAUCUCCGGCUCUUCUGCAUCCUGCUCGCCGCGGUCUCAGGAGCCGAGGGCUGGGGCUACUGUGAGUGUUGGGCUUGGAGGCAGGUGGGGUUGGGCCCAGGAGUCCAGAGCCUGCAGGGCGGCCCCGAACCGCAUUGCGGCUGGGUGGUCGCGGGUCCUUCCCGGCCGGCGCGCGCCCGCUGGCUCUCAUCUUUUCCUGCCUCUCCCCCGCGCUCCGCAUUGCAGCUCUGAGGCUGCCGCGCGCGCCCGGGGCUGGGGCUGGGCUCUGGGGCGAGGAUGAAGUCAGCGGGCAGGGAUUUGGGGAUGGGAUCCAAGCAGGAGCUGGUGCCUGGGUUUGAGGCUAGGGCUGGGGGAUAAGUGUAUACUGGUGACCGAUACUAGGAUUAAGGUUUUGCCAGGGCUUAAGCCUGGACUUUGGAGCUGGCCAAGGGGUGGGGUUUGUGGCUAGGGCUGGGGUUUGUGGCUGGGGCUGGGUUUUGUGGCAGGGAUCCAAGCAGGAGCUGGUGCCCCUGACUGAUGCUAAGGCUGGACAUGGAGCUGGUGAUGGUGCUAGCACUGGCUGAGGUUGGGUGCAAGGCCUGUAUUUGGGGAUGGUGCAGGUUUUGGGGGCCGAGUUGGAUUGAGGCUAGGGUUGGAGCUGGAUUGGUGUCUUGGGUUGGCUUAGGUUGUGGAAGAUGCUGAGGUUUAGGAUUGAGUUUGGGAAAGUACUAAACCAGGGCAGAUAUUGGGCUAGCUAGGGAGGGUCUGGCCUUGGGCCUAUAGGUGUAGCCUAGGGGUUUGCCUAGAAGGAGAAGGCAGCCUCCUCUGAGCAUGCAGCUGUUGCUGCAGCCAGGAUUGAAUAGAUGGCUUUAAGACGGCUGCGACGAGGAGCUGGUGGGUCCCCUGUAUGCACGCUCCCUGGGCGCCUCCUCCUACUACAGUCUCCUUACUGCGCCGCGAUUCGCCAGGCUGCACGGCAUAAGCGGGUGGUCACCACGGAUUGGGGAUCCGAAUCCCUGGCUCCAGAUAGACUUAAUGAAGAAGCACCGGAUCCGGGCCGUGGCCACACAGGGCUCCUUUAAUUCUUGGGACUGGGUCACACGUUACAUGCUACUCUACGGCGACCGAGUGGACAGCUGGACACCGUUCUACCAGCGAGGGCACAACUCGACCUUCUUUGGUAACGUGAACGAGUCGGCGGUGGUGCGCCAUGACCUGCACUUCCACUUCACUGCGCGCUACAUCCGCAUCGUGCCCCUGGCCUGGAACCCACGCGGCAAGAUCGGCCUGAGGCUCGGCCUCUAUGGCUGCCCAUACAAGGCCGACAUACUCUAUUUCGACGGCGACGAUGCCAUCUCCUACCGCUUCCCGCGAGGGGUCAGCCGAAGCCUGUGGGACGUGUUCGCCUUCAGCUUCAAGACCGAGGAGAAGGACGGGCUUCUGCUGCACGCCGAGGGCGCCCAGGGCGACUACGUGACGCUCGAGCUGGAGGGGGCACACCUGCUGCUGCACAUGAGCCUGGGCAGCAGCCCUAUCCAGCCAAGACCAGGUCACACCACCGUGAGCGCAGGCGGAGUCCUCAAUGACCAGCACUGGCACUAUGUGCGGGUGGACCGAUUUGGCCGCGAUGUAAAUUUCACCCUGGACGGCUAUGUGCAGCGCUUUAUUCUCAAUGGAGACUUCGAGAGGCUGAACCUGGACACCGAGAUGUUCAUCGGAGGUCUGGUGGGCGCCGCGCGGAAGAACCUGGCUUAUCGGCAUAACUUCCGCGGCUGCAUAGAAAACGUAAUCUUCAACCGCGUCAACAUCGCAGACCUGGCCGUGCGGCGCCAUUCCCGGAUCACCUUCGAGGGUAAGGUGGCUUUUCGUUGCCUGGACCCGGUACCGCACCCUAUCAACUUCGGAGGCCCUCACAACUUCGUUCAAGUGCCCGGUUUCCCACGCCGUGGCCGCCUGGCAGUCUCAUUUCGCUUCCGCACCUGGGACCUCACCGGGCUUCUCCUUUUCUCCCGUCUGGGGGACGGGCUGGGCCACGUGGAGCUGACGCUCAGCGAAGGGCAGGUCAACGUGUCCAUCGCGCAGAGCGGCCGAAAGAAGCUUCAGUUCGCUGCUGGGUACCGACUGAAUGACGGCUUUUGGCACGAGGUGAAUUUUGUGGCACAGGAAAACCAUGCAGUUAUCAGCAUUGAUGAUGUGGAAGGGGCAGAGGUCAGGGUCUCAUACCCGUUGCUGAUCCGGACAGGGACCUCAUAUUUCUUUGGGGGUUGUCCCAAGCCAGCCAGUCGAUGGGACUGCCACUCCAACCAGACGGCAUUCCAUGGCUGCAUGGAGCUGCUCAAGGUGGAUGGUCAACUGGUCAACCUGACUCUGGUGGAGGGCCGGCGGCUUGGAUUCUAUGCUGAGGUCCUCUUUGAUACAUGUGGCAUCACUGAUAGGUGCAGCCCUAACAUGUGUGAGCAUGAUGGACGCUGCUACCAGUCUUGGGAUGACUUCAUUUGCUACUGCGAACUGACGGGCUACAAGGGAGAGACCUGCCACACACCUUUGUAUAAGGAAUCCUGUGAGGCUUAUCGGCUCAGUGGGAAAACUUCUGGAAACUUCACCAUUGAUCCUGAUGGCAGUGGCCCCCUGAAGCCAUUUGUAGUGUACUGUGAUAUCCGAGAGAACCGAGCGUGGACAGUUGUGCGGCAUGACAGGCUGUGGACAACUCGAGUGACAGGUUCCAGCAUGGAGCGGCCAUUCCUGGGGGCUAUCCAGUACUGGAAUGCAUCCUGGGAGGAAGUCAGUGCCCUUGCCAAUGCUUCCCAGCAUUGUGAACAGUGGAUCGAGUUCUCCUGCUACAAUUCCCGGCUGCUCAACACUGCAGGAGGCUACCCCUACAGCUUUUGGAUUGGCCGAAAUGAGGAGCAGCACUUCUACUGGGGAGGCUCCCAGCCUGGGAUCCAGCGCUGUGCCUGUGGUCUGGACCGGAGCUGUGUGGACCCUGCCUUGUACUGCAACUGUGACGCUGACCAGCCCCAGUGGAGAACUGACAAGGGACUGCUGACCUUUGUGGACCAUCUGCCUGUCACUCAGGUAGUGAUAGGGGAUACGAACCGCUCCACUUCUGAGGCCCAGUUCUUCCUGAGGCCUCUGCGCUGCUAUGGCGAUCGAAAUUCCUGGAACACCAUUUCCUUCCACACCGGGGCUGCACUACGCUUCCCCCCAAUCCGUGCCAACCACAGCCUGGAUGUCUCCUUCUACUUCAGGACCUCUGCUCCCUCGGGGGUCUUCCUAGAGAAUAUGGGGGGCCCUUACUGCCAGUGGCGCCGACCUUAUGUGCGGGUGGAACUCAACACAUCCCGGGAUGUGGUCUUCGCCUUUGAUGUGGGGAAUGGGGAUGAGAACCUCACAGUACACUCAGACGACUUUGAGUUCAAUGAUGAUGAGUGGCACCUGGUCCGGGCUGAAAUCAACGUGAAGCAGGCCCGGCUCCGAGUGGAUCACCGGCCCUGGGUUCUGCGGCCUAUGCCACUGCAGACCUACAUCUGGAUGGAGUAUGACCAGCCCCUCUAUGUGGGAUCUGCAGAGCUUAAGAGACGCCCCUUUGUGGGUUGCUUGAGGGCCAUGCGUCUGAACGGAGUGACUCUGAACCUGGAGGGCCGUGCCAAUGCCUCUGAGGGUACCUCACCCAACUGCACAGGCCACUGUGCCCACCCUCGGCUCCCCUGUUUCCAUGGAGGCCGCUGCGUGGAGCGCUAUAGCUACUACACGUGUGACUGUGACCUCACGGCUUUUGAUGGGCCAUACUGCAACCACGAUAUUGGUGGUUUCUUUGAGCCGGGCACCUGGAUGCGCUAUAACCUACAGUCAGCGCUGCGCUCUGCAGCCAGGGAGUUCUCCCACAUGCUGAGCCGGCCGGUGCCAGGCUAUGAGCCUGGCUACAUCCCGGGCUAUGAUACUCCGGGCUAUGUGCCUGGCUACCAUGGCCCCGGGUACCGCCUGCCCGACUACCCCCGGCCUGGUCGGCCUGUGCCCGGUUACCGUGGGCCUGUCUACAACGUUACGGGAGAGGAGGUCUCCUUCAGCUUCAGCACCAGCUCCGCCCCUGCUGUCCUGCUCUACGUCAGUUCCUUUGUUCGUGACUACAUGGCUGUGCUCAUCAAGGAUGAUGGGACCCUUCAGCUGCGAUAUCAGCUGGGCACCAGUCCCUACGUGUACCAGCUAACCACUCGACCAGUGACCGAUGGCCAGCCCCAUAGCAUCAAUAUCACCCGUGUUUACCGGAACCUCUUCAUCCAGGUGGACUACUUCCCACUGACAGAGCAGAAGUUCUCGCUGUUGGUGGACAGCCAGUUGGACUCACCCAAGGCCUUGUAUCUAGGGCGUGUGAUGGAGACAGGAGUCAUUGACCCGGAGAUCCAGCGCUACAACACCCCAGGUUUCUCGGGCUGCCUGUCUGGUGUUCGAUUCAACAAUGUGGCUCCCCUCAAGACCCACUUCCGAACCCCUCGACCCAUGACUGCUGAGCUAGCUGAGGCCCUUCGAGUUCAGGGAGAACUGUCCGAAUCUAAUUGCGGAGCUAUGCCGCGUCUUGUUUCAGAGGUGCCACCUGAGCUUGAUCCCUGGUAUCUGCCCCCAGACUUCCCCUACUACCAUGAUGAAGGAUGGGUUGCCAUACUUUUAGGCUUUUUGGUGGCCUUUCUGCUGCUGGGGCUGGUGGGAAUGUUGGUGCUCUUCUAUCUGCAAAAUCAUCGCUACAAGGGCUCCUACCAUACCAAUGAGCCCAAGGCUGCCCACGAGUACCAUCCUGGCAGCAAACCUCCCCUACCCACUUCAGGCCCUGCCCAGGUCCCCACCCCUACAGCAGCUCCCAACCAAGCUCCAGCCUCAGCCCCAGCCCCAGCCCCAACUCCAGCCCCAGCCCCUGGCCCCCGGGAUCAGAACCUACCCCAGAUCCUGGAGGAGUCCAGGUCUGAAUGAGUCAGAAGGGCUUCUGGGACCAAUUCCAGCUCCUGACAUUCCCCCAGUCCUGCCUCUCCCCCAUCCUAUCAGGGACAUUUGGCUCCUCUUAGCUGGCUCUGCUCAUCCAGAGGAUAUUCCCCCAUCCCCCCCGUCAAGUUUGGUGGGCAGAGCUACAGAUGGGACCCAAGGGAGUGGCCGAGCCUCACUGCCUAAACCAAUGCCCUGCUCAUCCCUGUUUCCCCAGGCUCCUGGCUGUUUAUCUGCCCCAAAGGAGAAGCCUCAUGGGGUUGACAUAGGUCCUUCCUGCCAUCUCUGUUCCAGCUGCUGUCAGGGAUUAACAACAGAGUGUAGGGGAGAUUAACUGCCUCCCUUCCAAUAGACACUAUCAGCAGGGACAGAUGUGUGGGAGUGCAGGGCUGCAGAGGGUAUGGGGGGAGGAGGCUGCUAAACCCUAUCCCCCAGCCUCCCCCCUGCCCUGAAGAUCUUCCAUUUGCUUCCACUCAGCUGGAGGCUCAAGAGGGCUUGAUGGCUGUCCCCUGCCCCCCUCCUUUUGUUUUGUACACAGAGACCAAGAGGCCUCAGUUUAGCACCUUAGUACCUCCGCUGCUUCACUUGCUUUAGCCAAAGCCAUAAAAAACCUGCAACGUAGAGAAAAUAAUGCAGAUACCCUGACUAGCCAGCCCUCUACUCCUCCAACCUUUUCCAAGAUAUGCAAUGGCCUUUGUGCCUGCCCAAAGGCUUCACCCCCUCCAGUGCAUGAGGAACCCUCUUUCCUCCGCUCAGAGAUGCUGCUUCAUUUACCCAGGAGGUCAUAUUCUUUAUAUAUAUUUUUUGUUGCAAAGUGUCUCUCUAGAGAAACUCUAUAUAUUAUUCAAAUUUUUAAAUUAUUUGUUUAUAUAUAAAAGAAAAGCUCAAUUGGCUGUGCUGUCCUGUGCUGUGCCCACAGUCUGUAGUUUGCCUUUCCUGUGUUGGAAGUGUCGUGAGUCCUGCUGGUCACCCACCAGCCUGGUCCGGCCCCCACUCUGAAGCAGGGUUGAGCCUGCUGUGCUCUCAGACACGGAGCCAUUCCAAUAAAGCAGAGUGGCAGAGCCCCA